AUGGCCAUAGGACUCCAGGUUCCCCUGCCAUGACUGGCCACAGGACUGCUGCUCCUCCUCAGUGACCAGCCCUGGACUGAGAGUGGGAAGGUGCUGGUGCUGCCCACGGAUGGCAGCCACUGGCUCAGCAUGUGGGAAGUUGUGCAGGAGCUCCACUCCAGAGGCCACCAGGCAGUGGUCCUCACCCCAGAGGUGAAUAUGCACAUCAAAGAGGACUUUGUCACCCUGACAACUUAUACCAUUCCAUGCACCCAGGAUGAAUUUAACAACUUCUUUACCAGCCAUGCUCGACUCAUCUUUGAAACAGAGCAUUUUCUGAAGAAAUUUUCUAGAAGUAUGGAGAUUUUGAAAAAUGCCUCUGUGGUCUUUCAUAGGUCUUGUGUGGAGCUAUUGCAUAAUGAGACCCUGAUCAGGCACCUGAAUGCCACUUCCUUUGAUGUGGUUUUAACAGACCCCAUUUACCUCUGCGGGCCGGUGCUGGCUGAGUACCUGUCGAUUCCUACUGUGUUUUUUUUGAGGUACAUUCCAUGUGACUUAGACUUUAAGGGCACACAGUGUCCAAAUCCUUACUCCUAUGUUCCUAAGUUACUAACAACGAAUUCAGACCACAUGACAUUCCUGCAGAGGGUCAAGAACAUGCUCUACCCUCUGGCUCUGUCCUACAUUUGCCAUGCUUUUUCUGCUCCCUUUGCAAGCCUUGCUUCUGAGCUUUUUCAGAGAGCAGUGCCAGUGGUGGAUAUUCUCAGCCAUGCAUCUGUGUGGUUGUUCAGAGGGGAAUUUGUGAUGGAUUACCCCAGGCUGAUCAUGCCCAACAUGGUCUUCAUUGGGGGCAUCAACUGUGCCAACAGGAAGCCACUGUCUCAGGUCUGUAUUGGUGCCUUCAUGCAAUCAAUGUUCCAGGCAAAACACUUUAAAAACUGUAUUUACUUAUAA